GACCAGAGACACAAAUCCCUUAGUAACUUCUAGAAGGAAGAUCCUUAGAAGGGAAUAAUAAAACAGAUAUGAAGGAUAACGCUGCCCAGCUAAAUCGCUGUGUGUUCAACCAAUAACAGGCUUCCUGUGCUGGUUCUGUUCCUUGUAAAACUGGCUGUGUGUGCACUCUAAUACUGUGCUCUGUCAAUGGCAAUUAACAUAAUCUUCACUUCUGCACUUAAGCCUUUUAGAGUAGGGAGUCAGCCAUGAACAGGAUUUUCAAAGCUGAUCUUGCGCUCUCUCUUGUCACGCUGUAGGUAUGGUGUCCUCAACACCUUGCAUUGUUCCUCAGCCGAACAGACUCAGGGUUUGUUUAGGAAACUUGUACUGCUGGUGUUUUCUUCAAGAUUUUGCUGAUUUAGCCUGCCAGUGUCUGUAGAAUAACCUAGAGUUGUCAGGGUGCCAGGGACUGCGCGGUUUUCUUUUUGUUCACAUUCCCUGCUUGCCUGCUGCAGCCUGUGCCUGUCUACAGAUUGUGUGGACAGCACCACUCACAUAGCAAUACUGAGGCACUCCAAAGUGCCAACAGUCAAACGAGGGAUACAGCUGACGGAGACUGAAAGAAGAUAUCGAGGAAGCUUCUCAAGGGACCGGACAACAUGGGAGCAGCUCACGGAAAAAAGAAAGAAUACUCUCUUCAACACCAGCCAUGUACAGAAAAUGGGAAGCACAUCAUGAAUGGCUCUGCCCCCAUGUAUUCAGACUUGCAGAGGGAAAAGCAUGGAAUCGGCAGCAUCAUGGCUCAGCCGGAUUAUCAAGACAGGAACGAUGACCUUAUCAAACCUAAAAAGCUACUAAAUCCAGUGAAAGCCUCCAAAAGCCACCAGGAACUCCACAGGGAGCUGCUGAUGAACCAGAAAAGGGGCACGGGUAUUGAAAACAAACCUGAGCUGCAGAGAGUGCUGGAACACAGGAAGAGAGAUCAGCACAUUCGAAAGAAAAAAGAGGAAGAGGAGGCCCUGAGGUUGAAAUCUCCCUUCGAACAGGAGCUUCUGAAAAGACAACAGAAGCUCGACCAGCUUGAAAAGGAACAAGACGAACAGGAUGACAGACCAGGAAAUGCACCGGAAUUUCUCAAAGUCAAAGAAAAUUUAAGAAGGACAUCACUUUUAACCUCGGAAGAGAAGGAAGUGUAAAAACAAAAGCGGCCACAAUGCGCAGCCCGGCCGGUUUGUUCACGUUCACGGACACGGAUUGUCUGCAGAGGUUCACUUUCUCAGCUAAAUUCAGGCAGCUUACAGACGACUAGUCUCUCACUGUGUCUUGCCUUUAAUAAUGCAAUGAUAUCUUAAAAGAUGUUCAUUCUAAUAAAGCUGCGUUACUAGGCUGGAGAGAGAUACAGUGCCAGGGUGGCAGCCUAAUAGUCUACCUGGAAUUGUCUAUAACUCAGAAACCAACCGUUAACAACUGUAGCGUGUGCAAGGCGAUAGGAACUAUAGCCACUAGUUACCCUGUCCUGGCUUUCCAUGAAAGGAAAGUUCCAUGCUGUAAUGCACAUCCAAUAUGAAAACAAACAACGCUGUUGAAUUGAAAAGGUGCUGUCUCUGACACUGAUUUCAGCUUGUACAGUGCAGCAUUUUCAAUUGGAUUUUUACAUUCUUUUAGUUGAGUGUUUCAUUCGGCUCAAUUGAGGCCGUGUUUCUACAAAACGACGGGACACAUUGGCCUCAGGUAAACAAGCUUUGAGAAUACUGUAUUGCAUGCAAUAGGAUAUUGUGUAACAGCAGCUUCCCCUAGUGUCUGUAACCACUGAAGCAUGUUCAGAACUCCUACAUGUGUGGAGACUGAAGCGAUAAAAUCAGUAAAAGAUUAAACUAUUCAAUAUCACAUACCCGCUUAAUUGAGAACUACUGAGCCAUCAAAAAACUGCAGUAUUGUCAAUCAAAAGUGACCUUUAUAUUAUAUACACACACACACACACACACACACACAUAGUACUACAUAGUUGUUUCACUGCAAGUACCUUAACCUAAUUCUGCUCUGUAUGGGGAGAAUGAAAACACAGUAUCAAAAAAAGAAAAACAUUCAGCUGUCUGCUUGAUCAAAAUGACAGCAACCAUAAUACAGUAUAGCGCCAUAGGCUAUCUGCUCUUAUCAGCAAGUUGCCUUCAAAACUAAUAAAUGUUGAUUUUUUUUUCCUAA